GGCAACACGAGUAUGUGUGUUUGGACUGUGGGAUGUUAUGAUUAUGGUGUUCCCAGCAGGCAGUUUGUUAGUGAAUGCCAAGUCUAUAUUUGAGUGUCAUUUACUGCCCUGAUUAAAACAGAAGGAGCAGAUUUUUUGGGACGAGUGGAAGGGAUGUGGCGGUUUGUUUUUAGGUUACGUGCAUGAUUGCCAGGUUAACUCCCCUGAAACAGACAUUCUUUAACAGUGGAGAAUCAUCACAAAACACUAGAAUUACAUGCAAGUGUUGACAAAAUAAGUGUAACAGAGGAGUUUACAGUAGCAUGGAAGGUUGCAGUGCAUCCUCCCCUGCAUUAGAAGAAACACUGGAGGAGGAUGAAGAAGAUCCGGAAUUAUGCCUUGAAGAAAGCGAGACCAUGGAGAAACCGACUGGGAGCAGAAGUGCAGUGCUGACACGCCGGGGUAUUACACUUCGUGUGCUACUCAAAGAUGGCCUUGUGGCACCUGGUGAGGGAGUGCUUUCCAUACAUUAUUUGGGGAAGAAAUUUGUUGGAGAUUUACUGUCUGAUGGGAAGAUAAGGUGGCAAGAGACUGGUCAUAUUUUCAACUCUCCCAGUGCUUGGGCUACUCACUGCAAGAAACUGGUCAACCCAGCAAAGAAGUCAGGUUGUGGAUGGGCAUCUGUGAGAUACAAGGGCCAGAAGCUGGACCAGUAUAAAACCACCUGGCUGAUGAAACAUCAGUCCUUUAACCAUCCCACAGAAACAAACGUGGUGAGUGAAGGAGAAGAUGAAGUGGCUGAUGAGGAUGAAGAUGACAAGUGUCACAUUUCAGAGUGCAGCACUGGCAGGAAACUGGAGGAUCUGAAUAAAAAACAGAACCAAAGUCUGGAACAGGGAACAGCAGAUACAGCGGUUAAAAAGCUGGAGAAGAAAGAACGCAUUCCUGUAAGAUACAGCUGCAUCGGAAAUAGAGACUUGGCCAGAGAUCCACGUACCCUGGUGGAAGUAAUGCCGUUUUCUGCUCUGAACAAGUUUCAGCCUUUCAAUGUAGCAGUUUCUAGUAAUGUUUUGCUGUUAGUGGAUUUUCACUGCCAUUUAACAACGAGUGAAGUAGUGGGAUACCUUGGAGGGCGAUGGGACACAAACACACAGCUGCUUACAGUUCUGAGGGCAUUUCCAUGCAGAGUACGACUGGGAGACCUUCAGUCUGCUGGUACCGUUGAAGAGGAGAUUUGCCAGAGCAUGUUCAUGAGAGGCCUUUCCCUCGUUGGAUGGUACCACAGCCACCCGUUCAGCCAUGCCUUGCCCUCUUUGCAAGAUAUUGACUCUCAAAUGGAUUAUCAGCUCAAAUUACAGGGCAGCAACAAUAACUUCCAGCCCUGCCUAGCUCUCAUCUGUGGUCCUUAUCACAAUGGAAACCCAAGCAGCGAGUCAAAAAUACUGCCAUUUUAUGUCAUGCCACCUCCUGAGCAGCGGGCAAGUGAUUAUGGUAUUCCAAUGGAAGUAGAGGUGACUUACGUACAAGAUAACUUCCUGCCUAAUGAUGCACUCAGUGAAAUGGCCCUGCUAGUAGAACAUUACAAAGGUGCCCCAGACCAUGUGAAGUUCAAAGAUACCUGGAAUCAACACAAGACAUAUCUUGAUAAGUUGAAGGAGUCCCUGGCCGGCAAGACACCAAAAGAUCAAGGUUAUGCUCCUGUCAUGGAGCAGAUCUAUAGCUCACUCUUGUGAAUUAGUUUGCAAUGUUACAAAGGAUCAUUUGAUUCUCUUAUUUUAUUUUUUUGACCAUGUUUUUCCUCAGGACAUAUGCAGAUAUGUGUGCCUCAGUCCUUAGACUUCCCACAGUACUGUGUUCUUAAGGAUACGUCAAUCCCUACAUCCAACGGUAGAUAUCUUAUUGUGUCUCGACCUUCAGAAGGCUCCUGUUUGUCAGUAUAAAGAAUGUAACAACGCCUGGCGAUUGCUUGCUUUGUUGUAGGUUGAAGGGAGUGUACAGGACCAUCUCUGAUAGUGUGUUUUGUUGUUUAAUGGUUUGAGUUCUUCCUGAUUUAGAUGUCAGUGUUUAUAUAGAAACAGCACUGCCAUCAUUGAUUGCCAUUGUUUUAAGCUCAUCUGCUGUAAGAGUUGAUACAUCAUCUUGCUGUCUUUGUAGAGUAGCGGGCACUGCAGUACCAUGCAGUUGAUAUACCCUGAUAGGUGAACAUCUCCUCAAGGUGAGACCAUGAGCCUGCUUCUUGUAGACUCCAUGACAUAUUGAAAUGAGAGAAGUAUUAGAUUUUACCAAGACCCUGAGUGUUAAUUCACAAUGAUAGUUGCUAUAAAAUGAAUGGCGUUUAAGUAAAAUGUAAUUAACAUGAGCUACAAAAUACACAAAUGUGCAAAUUCCUAGACCUUACUGUAGAGACAGAAUGUUAAAUCUAUGGUACUGUAUUUAGAUGGUGUGCCACUGUUUUUUUAAGUGUGUUUUGUACCCGUCUCAUUCAAUUUUCAUGAACCCGAACAGAACUACAACUGAUUUUCAGAAUGAUUUGCAAGGCAAAUGAUUUCAGCUAUUGUAUGUUUGUACAAAACUACCAUGCUGCCUGUUCUGUGUUCAGUGCAUUAUUUUCAUGAGGUCGUCUAGGAAGAGCAUUUCAUACUGUAACUCGAAAGAAAGCAGUAGGAUAAAGGCUGAAAAGCUAAUUGUCUUUAGCAAGUGAGGACCUUAAAAUGUUUACACUCUGAGUUUAAUCCCUUAUUCUCAGAAACGCACAUGUAUACUUGUAUACACACAGUGUUUCUUAAACGCACUGCCAGGAUAUACGGUCAGUUUUGACACUUGUAUCUCAGAUGGGCAUCCUGCUGUCUUUAUGGCGUGGCACAGAAGAUGACUUUCAUAUGGUUCUGCUACCUGUAUUAUGCAUUUUGUAGUCCCCUGAGCUCUGACGUUUGGGUUUUAUGUGACACUACUCAGGGAAAAUUCAAACUGUGUUAUGUCAGACAAAUGGGUUCUUUUUAAAGACAUUCCAAAGUUUGUACAAGAAGAACUGGUUAUUUCAUAUUUCACUAGACUCAAGAUUUGUUUGGGGUAAUGUCCCAGAUCUGAAAGAAUGACACAAUUCUGCAAACUUAUAUAUUGUAAACAGAUGUAAGUAUUAUUUAACUUUUUUUCAUUUUUCAAGUUAAGUACUGGUGUAGAUCUUUCCUGUUUUGUUAAUAUUUAUAGUUUUGAUAAUAAAAUGUUUUAUAUAU